AAUAGUGUCUUCUCAGGAGGCUCCCCGCAGUGCUCACAGCUUGGCUCUAGGAGUUGGAACCCCACAAAGCGACCUGGCAACACCAUGGCCCGUGCAAAGGUGUGGUGUGAGUGAACGCUGUUUCUGUCAGCCACGGGGCAGAGCUAAGACUCCACGUUCAGGAAUUCAAGAAAGCCUUACCCAGUAAACCUGGCAUCAGCCUCGGGUGAAAUAAUAGCAAAGUGGAUCUGGAGAUCAGUAGCUAAAGACCAAUACAAAGAAAUUGAUCAGUGUGGUCUACAGAAAAGAUGUCUGGAAAGAAGGCUCGUGAUAAGGACAGUUGCUCUGCCCUUGAAUCGAUUGAUUUCAAGAAUGCUUUGGAGCAGUUCCAGAAUCUAGUUGAAAAAAUGGUCAUCCAGAAGACCAAGGAGACUUCAGGCUUGUAUACUAAAGAUGGUGAUCAGAUAGACUAUGAUAAGUUCUAUACAACCACACGAACACUUUUUGGUCCAGCAGUCAAGGAUCAGAAUGUUCAAGCCUUUUUCAGGAAGAUUAUGAGCAACCCUGAUGAAAGGCCAGAAUGGCCUGAGAUUUUUGGCUGUUUCACACGAGAAAGGGAUGGCAUGUCAUCCCCAUCGAGAGAAAACAUGGUUUUUCUUGUAUCUGAAAAACGGCAGAUUACUCAUUCAGUUGCCAAGAGAAAAGAUCUUAUCAAGGGUAUAGUGAAGGUGCCCCUUCUGCAUCUCACAGUAACAGCCUCUCAGCGAGGAGUGCUAACUGUGUUUAACAAACAGAUGAAGGUUCUGACAACCAUUGAUGUUCAAGAUACUGCUUGGAUCACUGGAUGUGAUUUCCUGCCUAAUCUGCAAUAUGUCGUGGCUGUAACUGAAAGCACAGUCAUUCUCUGGGACUAUAAAUCAAAAGAGAGCAAGAGUGAUGGCUUUGUCAUCAAACCAAUGAAAAACUGUCUGCUCUGUGUUUGCACGGUGACUAUGGCAGAUAACCUGGCUAAGGAUACCAUCUUAAUGGGAGAUGAUAAAGGUUAUGUUUAUCUGCUUACUAUUACCAGUGAUGACUUCAUAAUGAAACAAUCUAAAGCUGAAAAAGUAUCACAAUUUAAAGUCUUGGACUCCGAAUCUUUUGACAUUCCUAAGCGCAAGCUACAUGAUGACUGGGUUGGGAAGAUUAAGUAUUUUUCUGCCCUGAAACGUUUUGGAUCCUGCUCCACAGACAGGAUUAGUUCAUUUGUUUUGGAUGACAUAAAGCGACUAGAGGACCAGUUACCUGUAAAGGAAUUUUCUGUCCCUAGAGGAGUAAAUGCCUUCACAUACUGUGGAAAGGCAAAGGUCAUUGUCACUGGAGGUAAUGACAGAAUCCUUCGUUUGUGGAAUCCUAUUGUUAAUUUUAGUCCUAUAGGGAAGCUAUUAGGACACAGACAUAGUGUUGUGGAUAUUGUGACAAAUGAAAAAGAUCAACAUGUCAUCAGCCUUUCCUGUGCAAAGGUUUUUAGAGUGUGGGAUAUACAGACUCUUUCACCACUGCAGGUCUUCUAUGAAGAUCAUGGGACUCCGGAAGAGUUGAAUGCCUUUCCCAUGGUAUUUGACAAUGAUGAUGGCCUGCUUUUCACAGGUUCAGAUGUCAUUGAUAUUUAUCCUCUAGCUAACGUGAUGCAAGAUUCAAAAGUGUUGCCUAAGACACAUGAGAAGAGCCUCAAUGUUCUGCUUUACAACAGGGUUUUUCACCAGAUUCUCAGCAUUUGCACUGAAUCAAUAUUGAAGGUCUGGGACCUAGAAACAGGAUCUCAAAUAUAUCAAAUAGAAGAUGCACAUGGGCUGAAAACUGAGGUGACCUGUGCAGCCAUUGAAAUAAAUGGGGUUUAUCUUGCUACUGGGGCAUGUGAUGGGACAGUGAAAAUCUGGGAGUUUGAGAGUGGGCAAGAAGUUAAAGCCUUGCCUUUAGCGCCACACAGCAAUGAUGAGCAUCGUAUGCUGAAGAUAAUAUAUCUGAAGGCUGAUGAGGAUCAACAUGCAGUUAUUGUUUUGGAGCAGAGAGGGAAGAUAAAAAUCAUUCAGGGUGACUCAGCUCAAGCAGAUCUAUAUGUCACAUGGGUGCUUCCUGAGACAGUGCCAUUUCCACGAAGGAAUCCAGUUGUAUAUCUGUCACUGAAGUCUAGCUCCUUGAAAACACAAGGUUUUUUCCCAGACAUUCGGCUUCUAUGUAACACCAAUUCCAUGAAAAAUGAUACAGAGACGUUUUUAUCUUCUGUGGAUAUUAGGUGUUUUGAUGUUUGUAAAGAAGAAGGAUGCAGAUGGAUAGCUACAGGAAGCACAAAUGGCGAAAUAAAUUUUUGGGAUUUUGAAUCUGCCUCUGUGAAAUGCCUGCGUAAAACAACUGAAGACAACCAGGGCUCUGGAGUCAAUGCCAUAUUAUUCCUAGUACAUAGUGCUUCCUCUUCAAGGAAAAGAAGUUCCCUGUCCCCUGCUCCUACUGUGAGGAGUGAGGCCAGUGCCAUUCCAGAGCACAAGAGAAAUUCUUUGGACCUACAUGAGGAAAAUGCAGAAAGUGAUGCAGUUAAUACUGAAGUAAAAAAAGCAGAAGAAACAACUAGCUGUAAGGACACCCAAAAUCCAAAGAUGAAUGCACAGUUGUUGAUGGCUAAAGCAGGAUCUUCACCUAUACUGGCUUCUGCUCAUGAAAGUAGCUGUAUCCGCCUAUGGAGUAUUCAGGGAAACUUGAUGAAAGAACUUCUGCCAUUUUCAGAACAUCCUGCAGGUCCUCUGACAGCACUGUGUACAGACAUCUCCACUAAAAUUCUUUUGACAGGCAGUAAAGAGGGACAUAUUAUUCGCUGGAACAUCGCCUCGUUCUUAGAAGAUUCACGAAAUAGAAAAAGUAAAAUAAAGGAGGAGCUCUACUGGAAGGCACAUGCUACUGAAGUGGUUGACUUACUUUUUGAAGAGGAGAAAAAUGUAGUAGUGACAGCAUCCACUGAUGGUUCAGUCAGGCUUUGGCAUGCCAGGACUGGAUACUAUUUUGGUUACUUUGGACAAGCCAGGAAGUUUGAUUUAUCAGAUACCAGUCGGUUGAUUUUGCCUUCUGAUGUUAAUGAUUUUUCUGCUAUAAUUAAAGAGGACAGCCAAUAUACGGAAAAGAAGAAAGUAAUAUAUCCUCUCACACUGGACAGAGACAAGUGGAAGUCACUGACCAGUUCUCCUUCAGAUUUAGAAAAGGCUGGACAGGGGAAAGCAGCUCACAGCUUCAAGUUUUUCAAAGCUCUGGCUCCUGAAAAGCUCCAAACUUUGGAAACUUUUGAGUUUGCAAGCAAAAAUGCUGGUGCAGUAUUUGGGUUUCUUCCUAUAUAUGAGCUUGAGAAUCCAACUGAAGUGAGCAUGCCAAAAAGUCUUCAAAGGAUCAGAGCUGAGAAGUCCAGUCACAGGAGACGGGAAAAGGCUCCCAAUUCCAUUGAAGACUUGAGUCCAAACAAAUAGAUGUAAUUUCUGUCUUCAUUAAAGUGGAUUAGCAGAUUUCUUUUGUUAUUUUUUCCCAGUUUUGCUUUUCAAUUACAUUUAAAUCUAUUUCAUUAUUAAGUAGAACAUAGAGAAAACAAAUCUUUAUUUCUAUUCCAAUCCUUCAUGCAAAUAAUAAAUUCUAAUAAAGCCAGAGUAUGAUUAUAAUUAGAUAUUUAAAAGCCCAUUUGAUUUCAUGUAUAUUUGCUGACAGGUACUCUCUAUGUGAAAACCACUGAUUUCCUUCUGCUUCAAUUUGUCCGGUUUGAACUUCUGAAUAUUGAAUAUUUCACUGCU